AUGAGUCGCUCACCCCGCAAAACAGAUGACUAUCCGCCUCACGAAAUACCGAUGAGGAGCUUUUCUAAUCGGCUACUCACUCGCCCAGGCUACGAAGCAACUUCGCCAUCCGUAUCGACCACCAGCACAAGCUAUACGUCAUCUGUCUGGAUUAGUCCGGGGAGAUCACUCGAACCCGAAAUCCGUUCAGACGCCACGCCAAGUACAGUUUCUCCUGGCAAUCUCACCGCUCAUUUCCCGUCGUCGUCCCUCGGCAGCGAAAACGACGACAACAAGGAUGACACCAGUACCCGUCAUGGCAGCUACACUAAGCUCUCUCAGUUUGUACCCAUGACACCUACGCCGGCAACAUCAAUCACGUCGAACCCUAAUAUACGCACACCUGCAGCUCAUGACUCCGACUCCUUGACGCGGAUGGAGCACGACCUCGAUACUGCCCAGUCCGACGCAGAAAGUUUGCGCGCAGAUAUGCGCUUGCUAGAAAAAGAACUCUCAAACCGCCAGAGUCGCUUAGAAGAGGCCAACAAGACGACCGAGAGCGCAAAUGAUGCGAUUCGAACCGCACGGUCAGAGCAGCAACGUCUAGCCGACCGUGUACGCGAGCUCUCAGAACAACUUGAUAUCGAACGCCGCAACAACAAGUCGCGAACGGAUACCAUUGACGAGCUCAGACAACAAGUGACAAUCAAAGAGAACGAGUUGAGGUUGGCUGUUUCGGAGCGCGACACGUUGAGGACUUCGAGAGUCGCGUUGCAGGCCGCCGUUGAUGAGUUACAGCCCGUCCAAACCGAGGUCGCUACAUUGAGAGACGAACUCGAGCGAACACGCGCAGACCUCGAGACCGCACACACCGAUGCGGCGGAGGCACUUCAGCGAGUUCAGGAUCUAGAAGCAGAGCUUGAUGCGAGGGUGUCGCACGAAGACGAAGUUCAUCAGUCAAUCGCCGCAGAAGUGGGCGAUUCUUCGGAGAGCGUGUUUGCUGGAGUCCGGGUAGGUUUGUGGGAUCCUGACGAAUUUGAAGCGGUACAAGAUAACGGGCAAUCCGGUGGGUCGGUGCUGCUCACGUUGCAAGCACAACUGACAUAG